GUGUUGCGCUAGCACAUCAGCGCUUGAAGAAGGAAACACAAAAGCAUCACCAUUGUAAUUGUAGUGCCCCCCCCCCCCUCUCCUUCCUUUUCCCAUAAAGAUACCUGGCCCGCAACAGGUGGAAGCUUCGUGCUUGUACUCGAACACUUCCCUCCACAAUACAAUUAUUCCAGUGCCGCCUCCCACCAGUUGAUGAUUAUUCAAUUAUCACCGCUGCUUUUCUUCUUUGCUGCUGCUGUUAUGCUUCAUUCGAAUUUCGAUCGGUUGUACUCGCCUUCGUCUUUAAAAAGCAGUUUCUUCCGGCACACAAAAUCCCACAUCGAAACACCUCCAAAUGGGGUGCGAGAACUCGAAAAUCAAGAAGAAGCCGAAAGAUCGGGACACCCUCUCGCGGGAAGGCGCGCGCCAAACAGCGAAGGAGCGGCAGGCAGCAGCGGAGCAGGCAAGGGACAAUACGGACCUGACAUCGCCUCCCGUUAACAAAAACUCAGAAGCCCUCGAGGUUCCAGUGCCGAAUCAGGCAGGCAGGGGUUCGGUGGUGGCGUCGCCUCCCGAGAAGCCGUUAGAAGAGGCUGUCCAGACCACCACACUACCGGAAGAUGCGCCACCUCCAUUAAAGAGGAACGAAGCGAAGAAGAUACCUGGCUACCGAGCGUCAAGCGACAGCAUCGAAAGCGUAGACAGCGAGAGCGACAAGAGGACGGCGACAAGUUCAUCGCAGGCGCAAGGGCGUCAGCACAAGAAGAAUAAGAAGGACCACAGCGGUGCGAAAGCGAAGAAGAAGGACAGGAAGAAGCAUCGUCGCUCAAAGGUUAGUUCCUCUUCCGAGGAUGAGGUGAAAUCUGGCAGUCGUAAGGGCCGCUUUGACGAGUAUAGCCUGAGUGCCUCCUCGAAGGAAUGCGACGCGAAGCGGCAAGGCUCGACCACUUUAGAAAAAGACCCGCUAGCGAGUGCACGAGGUCGUUCGCACUCCCGCCCUGCCAGCACCUUCGGCAGCGGCCGAUCGAUUGAGUUCGAAAGCGACGCCGUUUCGCGCGUGGUGUCUGCAGCGCCGUUGCCGAAUGCCGAUGGCAGCGCUGUCAUCGCCUCCGGCCCUCCUCGCGCCUCCUUCCACGCUAUGCCGGAAGACAGUACCGUCAUCACACCAGAGAACGUGAACGACACAGAGGCGGCACGGAACAGGCCGUCGCUGGUCGACGAUGGACACGCGCCAUUAUUCCCCUCGCCCGCCUUCGGUGCAGCGUUCUCUGCUGCAGAUACCGGUCGAGUCGCGUACGAGCCCUACAACGACUUCGGCCCCCGUGAAGUCGAUGACCAGCUGCCCCCCUACGAGUGGGUCCUUCGCACGAUGCCGGUUCCCUCUCCGCUGCGGCAGAGCGACGACGUCGAGGCAGACCGCGAAGUUGGUGGGAUAGCGUACUUCAACUCCGCGCCUUCAGCCGGUGUGGCGCCACCUUCACGUUGCGACGAUGCUGAUGCCGCGCCGUCCGUGCACUUCUACAAUCCUGCGCUGGACGAUUACGAGAACGGUCUGCCGCCGCUGGUGCCACGCACGUUUUAUCCUCGCCUGCCCCCUGUGCAGUGGGCUUCCCAUUCUGUGCCACCACCUUCUCAGCCCUCUUACGAGGAGGAGGAAGCUGCGCCAGACAGCGUCGAGGAAGAUACCGGCGAUGACACGCCUGCACUUUACUCGCCUGCAGAUACACGGCACAAUCAGUUCGGUAGAGAGUCGUGGAGGCCGGCCUCUCCGUCGUUGGUUGACGCCUACGUAUCGGACGACGACGUCGAGGGCCAACGGCGCCACCACCGCAGCAGCCGCGCAGGCUACGACGACGACAACAGCGCACCUCCUCCGUCUUCGUACUAUCCCCCGCCGAGGAUAUCGAUCCUGCCCUCUCCUUACGCAUACGGCCCAUCUCCGAUGGUAUCUGCCGCCUCCGUCGUCUCUGCGGAUGAAAACAGAGACGGCAAUUCGUAUGCGGGGCGGCCACGCAGCACUCAUGUUGCACAGGGAGGAGUGAAUGCACACCAAUACAAGCCCGUCACCUACUUGUUUGACAACUCCAUGGACAACUGGCUACAAACACGGCAAGCAGCUGCCCCCCAGCGGGAGCUUUACGCCAAUGCAGCGGACUUGUGGUAA